AUUUAUUUUCUACUUGUCAAAACAAAAAGAAAUUCCAAGCGCGUAGUAAGCGUGUGUUUUAUUUUGUUUAAAUAAGUUUUUAGUGACAAGCAAAGCACUGCAGCAUUAAAUCUACAUUCUGCGAACAGCUUGCAGGACAUUAAAGAUGAGUACAAAACGCAAAGCCGAGGAUGAAAUCCAUGAAAUUCCGAGUGACGACGACAGUGAUGUCCAAAUCCAGGAGAAUACAAUCCCUGUCGUAAAUCUGGACGAUGAUGACGAGACACCAGACGAUAAUGCCGCGGCAACACAUUCCCCCGUUGAAGCCGAUAAUGAGCAAACGGACUCGAUUGCAGAUGAAGCGCCACCAUCUUCGAAAUCCGCUCAACAGACCGAUGAUGGCGGGACAAAUGAAUUGAAAAACAUACAAACGGAAGAGAAACCUUCAGUGGACGAGAAUUUGCUUUUGAAUAUGCAGUUUAGAGAUCAAGAAUUGUUCCAACUUUUCAAAGGAUCCCUCACAGAGUAUCUCAAAACAACUUUCCAACUAAAGCUGGCAGGCCAGAAGGUUGACGUUGUUCACCACCUAGAAACCGCGUCCAUUCAGGUGCUGAAAGCAAAAACGGGCCCUACAGGCGACUGCAUCACUUCGUUGAAAAAGUCCGCCUCGGAGAGUGAACAAGUGGCAGAGGAAGUGGAUAAUGGAAUGUUUGUGAUCGAUCUCACCCCGGCGAAAUCCGUUAAGGGCGGUCCAAUGAUACCGAGCUAUAAGAAGGUUUUCCAGAAAGUGCUGGAUAAUUCGCCUAAGGCUUGCGCGGGAAAUGCAAAGAAGCGACCCAGACCCAAACAGCUCUGCUGGAACUGCGAUGGGGACCAUGGUCUGAGGGAUUGCAAAGAGCCGCGCAAUUUCGCCAAAAUUUUAAAAAUGAAGCAAGAGUUUAUGAAGAAAGCCGAUCGGUAUCACGUGGAUCUGGAGCAAAAGUUCGGCCACAUCGUCCCGGGAAGGCUAUCGGCUGAGUUGAAGAAGGCUCUUGGAUUAGGCAAACGCGAUCUUCCCUUGCACAUCUACCGGAUGCGGAUGUUCGGCUACCCGCCGGGUUGGCUCGAGGACGCCAAGAUAACCCACUCUGGCCUGCAACUGUUCGAUUCGAACGGCGAUCCGGUGCAGGAAUCGGACGAAAGCGAAGGCGAGAUAGACAGCAUCAAGAUGAAGUACGAUGUGCGGAAGAUAAUCAGCUUCCCCGGUUUCAACGCUCCGAUGGAAAAGCACAUUUUUGAUGACGCGAAAUUUUACGGUGUUCCGCCGUGGAUGGAACACCAAAGCCGAGAGGCGAUGAUACGGAAUCUCGAGGGUACACUGGUGAAGGGGUAUCGCAGGAAGAAGCUACGACUCGGGACAUCCGCCGCACAGCCCGGAUCCGAACAGGAGGCGGCCGACAUGGACCUGGAUGACAAUUCGGAAAACCCGGACGAGUCUUUGCAAACCUUGGAUUCGGUUGGCGAGUGUGAUCGAUAUGAGGGGUCCGGUUCACAACUGCCGACGAAUGGCGAUGUCGACGAGAUGAAUACCGAGGAACCCGAGGAUGGCGAAGUGAAUGAAGAAGAUGAUGAUCACCAGAAGAGUGCGAAAUUUGAUGCGAACGAUGAAAGCGUGAAAAGUGAUAGCGUGAUUCUUGUUGAAGAAGAAGUGGAGGUUAUCUGUUUGGAUGAAACCCGAGCAAUUUCACCAUCCCUAGAAGACCUUACGAGAAAGCAGUUGGAAAUACUUAAACAACUAGAGGAUCAGUCCCCUCGGGUACAGAAUGAUGAUUCCCUGCUUGAAGACGUGCUGAUGGCAGAACGAUUAGCAGAGGAAGCGGAAGCGGAAGAGGAUGCGAACAGAACAGUACCAACCGCCACGGCAGCAGCAGCGGCGAAUCCCGCCCCAAUACCUCAGCCACCAGCCCCACCAGCUGUUCCCGUAUUUGUGUUUUCCGUACCCUCGGUUCCUCCACUGCAUGUAGCUCCACCUCCUCCCCCGCCGGCACAGGACGACCCAAGCGAGCGACCUCCCGAACCAGAGUGUCUGAAUAUGGACGAAAUAAAGAUGACAAAGGCGCCAUUCGUGGAUGAUCCCGCCUCGAUGGGACUGAAAACGAUGUCUCUGGGAACGCCCAUUCUGACGGCGUUCUCCCCAUUCAACAAACUGCCCUGUGGUGAGGCAUUUUCCAAAGGCGUUAGCGAUGUAAUCAAUUUUGAAAAUUUACCCAACUCGACCGGCAAGUACGAACGGAUGAAAUCGUUGCUGACGAAGGUGCGGAAUGUUAUCACCGCACACAACGGGGAACCGGAGGAUGAAUCGAGAUAGCACGGAGUGCAUGAUGAGUAGCAAGAAAUCGCGGAUACUUGCGAAGAAGCGAAAAAUGUAUAGAUGCGUAAUGUAUUUUCGUCAGUGUUCAGUAUGAAUGAGAGUAUGUUUUUAAAUAGACUUUUGAUUCGGGGAAAUCAUUAAUUGUACAUGAAAUUCGUACCAUGCAUUGUAGUAAGAGAGAUUUAAUAUAAGAUUUGAAAUAAGAUUCAACAUUUCAUGAGAUAGUGAAUUUGAAAAGUUGAAUUGGUUCGUUGGUCACAGUUUUCUUCGCUGUAUCAAUAUAAUGACUCCAUUUUCAACAAUAGGAUUAAUGCCUCCCUGCAAAAUCGGAAGCGUGUGCUCACAGGGAGCUGAGUGU